AUGCAGAAGUCGGAACUGGACAACGCCAACCCCACAAUCCUCAGUGUCUCGCAGCUCCCGAGUAGGAGGGCGACGGGAGGCACAGCAAGGCACGGACCCGACUCUAAAUACGACUAUGCAGCUCUCGCUUCCCUGUCGAGUGACACUCCGUCGUGGCACUCGGACGAUGAUAUCGAUGGCGACUACGGCGAUGCUCACGACGAGAUAUGGGAGGCGCCUGUUGACGAGCAGGAAAUCUAUGACCUGAUCUCCACAAUAUCGGACCCUGAGCAUCCCAAUACCCUAGGGGAGUUGAAUGUCGUCAGGCUUCCUGACAUCCGUGUCACUCCUGCCGGGCAGCGGUCAAAUUUGACCACGGUCCUGGUUGAUCUCACGCCCACCGUCAACCACUGCUCGCUGGCCACCGUCAUUGGCCUGGCGGUGCGGUGGAGGCUCGAGCAAGCUCUGCCACCGAGCUAUCGCGUCGACGUCAGGAUGAAGGACGGCUCGCACGCCCAGGACGACCAGGUCAACAAGCAGCUGGGCGACAAGGAAAGGGUCGCUGCAGCCCUCGAGAACGACACGCUUCGAAACGUCGUGGACAAGAUGCUCGAGACGUGCGCAUAA